UCGCCAGUUGAAUAUGUCCAUCCGUUUCCUCACUGCGCAGUUGGCUCAACAGAUUGAUGAGGAGCUUAUGAAUGCUGUUGGGGCGUUUAGUUUGGAUCAGUUGAUGGAGUUGGCUGGAUUGGCCUGCGCCCAAACGCUAUCUACAGUGUACAGCAAGGAAAAGUAUCCGAAAGUCUUGGUAUGUUGUGGACCAGGAAAUCAAGGAGGAGAUGGAUUGGUCGCGGCUAGACAUCUUGGGAUGUUCGGUUACAAGCCAACGAUUUACAUGCCCAAGCCAGGCUCAAAAGACAUCUAUCAGCGCCUGCAAAAGCAAUGCCUCAAUAUGGACAUUCCCAUCAUCCCACCUCCAGCAUCUGCUGAGGAGCUGCCUCGCGUCCUGCAAUCCUCGAACCUCAUUCUGGAUGCCAUUUUCGGGUUUUCGUUCAAACCGCCAGUGCGGGCACCGUUUGACGAUGCCCUGAAGCUUAUAUCUGCAUCCGGGCUCCCGAUCGUCUCGGUGGAUAUUCCAAGUGGAUGGGAUGUCGAACUCGGAAAUGCGGAAGGCGUCGGACUGAAUCCUGACGUCCUGAUCAGUUUGACAGCACCAAAGGUAGGAGCGAAGUACUUCAAAGGAAGACAUUUUCUCGGAGGGCGUUUCGUGCCAAAGGCAAUGCAGGAGAAAUUCCAGCUCAAUCUUCCUGAGUAUCCUGAAUUCGAUCAAGUUGUUGAACUGCCGAGGAACUAUGGGAUGUAA